AAAACCUUGCUUGACAAUCUUCAUGAAGAAGUAUCCUGUUCUGUGUGUAUGACCACAUUUACUGAACCAAAGAUACUGCCGUGUUUGCACACUUUCUGUCUUCACUGCUUGAACGGGAUUUUACGAACCAGUGGCCGCCAUGAUAUCAUCCCAUGUCCUGAAUGUCGAAGAGAAGUUCAAGUUCCUAGCAGUGGAAACCUCAAGGAUCUGCCAACAAACUUUCGUAUCAACAGUUUGCUAGAUGUGCUGGCCAUCAAAGAAUGCCAUACUGCUGGAGUGAAAUGUGCAAACUGCGACAAAAGUAGCAAACACAGUUCGUACUGUUUUCAGUGCUGUGCGUUCUGGUGUGACGAGUGUAUCACUGCGCAUAACUUAGUCAAAGCGAAUAAAGAGCAUCGAGUUCUUGCUCUGAAAGAUUUUGAAGAUCAAGACAUCGAGGACGUGUUAAAGCGGCCGGCAUUUUGCCAACAGAAGCAUCACGAAAAAGAAGAACUCAAGCUCUUUUGCAAGAACUGUGAUGUUGCUAUUUGUAAUUUGUGUGUUGCAACCAUCCAUGAUGGUCACGCUAAGAUUGUUCUAGAAGAAGCAGCAAGUGAACGCAAGAUACAAGUCAAGUCUGUGAUCGAGAAGCAAAAGAAAACUAUUGAACACAAAAAAACCAAAAUCGCUGAUCUUGAAAGACAGUGUAACCAAAUUGAAGCGCGAGGCGAUGCAGUGAAACGAGACAUCCACAAGUUUGCUGAAAACAUGAUCGCAGUCAUUGAAACAAAGAAGAAGGAAAUGUUAAACAAAGCUGAAAAAAAAAUCAAAGAAUCCCUUGGAUGUCUGCGAACUCAACAAUGCGAGGUGAUACGUCAAUUGAAACUGCUGGAAACUACAGUUGAAAAAACUGAAACACUUGUAAAACAAUGUACAAAUGCCGAGAUUACUCAGUUAGAUAAGUCACUGAGCACGGUCAUACCCGAAGAAGUCAGUGAUGUUGGAAAACAAGCCGCAGCUGACCUUGAAGGUCUUCGUCAAUUCCUUUUCAAAGAAAACAAAACAUUUGUUGAUAGUCUUAACUCUGACGGCAUCGGCUCAUUUCAAACUUUUGUGACUAACACUUGCGCUCAUCAGUCAACUACCGAAGGGAAAGGACUCAGUGAAGCGAGUGUUGGACUUGAAUCAAACUUUUUAGUAACCACAAGAAAUGCCGAAGGAGAACAAUGUUACAAUGAGAGUGACUGUGUAACCGUGGAAAUAAAAAAUCAGCGAGGCCAUGACUGUGCGACGGAAGUACGAUUCAAAGAUGAGAAAGAUGGUAGCUACAAAGUCAGAUAUUUCCUCAAAGAUACAGGAAAAUGCCAAGUAUCAGUGAAAGUAAAUGAAGAACACAUUCGUGGCAGUCCAUUUCCUAUUAAACCGAAACCCAGACAAUUCAGACACGUGUUAUCUUUUGGACGACGAGGUUCGUGUGCUGAAAUGGUAAAAGCUCCAUACGGAGUAACAGUGAAUGAACGAGAUGAAAUUGCAGUGACUGAUACUGAUAACCACAAGGUUCAGGUAUUCAGUAGUGAUGGAACUUACUUAAGAUCUUUUGGUAGGAUUGGUGAUAAACAGGGAGAGUUAAAUUGGCCUGCUGGGAUAGCAUUUGAUAAGAAUAGUCGCAGUAUAGUUGUAGACAGUGAUAAUCACCGAGUUCAAUUGUUUAAUGAGCAGGGUCAGUACCUGAGCCAGUUUGGUGAUGAAGGAAAUCUUGAUCACCAGCUGAGGGAUCCUUUGGGGUUAUCUGUUGACACGAAUGGAAAUAUCAUUGUUGCCGAUGCGGGCAACAAACUUAUAAAAAUCUUUUCUCCCAGUGGUCAGUUUUUGUAUAAACUUGGUGAAGGUGAAAGUGGACAUUUUACUUCUCCUUUUCACUGUAUUCAAUAUGAUAAAUUUCUUAUAGUAUCAGACGCUGGUGAACAUUGUAUCAAAGUGUUUGAUAUAAACGGCAACUUUUUGUACAAAUUUGGAAAUCAGGGGAACAGGGACGGGGAGUUUAACGAGCCCCGUUUUUUAUCAGUUAACAAAGCAGGACACCUGAUGGUCUGUGACACAAAGAAUCACAGAGUUCAGGUAUUUGAACUGAAUGGUAAUUUUGUAACAAAGUUUGGAAAACUAGGGAGUUGGCUGGGGGAGUUCGGCUCGCCAACAUCUGCAGCAGUUCUUAGUAAUGGUAGGAUAGUUGUGACUGAAUGGUUUAACAGUCGCAUUCAGAUAUUUGAGUAAAUGUGGAUAAUUUAUCUACCAUCACAUUCAGACUACAAUUUACUUCUAAAAAACAUUCUUUUCACCUAAUCUUGAAAUCAUUUUCCAGAUAGGCUUCUUGUUAUAGUUUCAGUGAGAAGAACAUUUUAGAACUUUGAGUAAGUGGAUUCGAUUUUGUGCAUUGUCUAGUUAUCAGUUCACGCUUUAAUGUCCCAUUUUUUUCUCUUGCUCACGGUAAUCCCAAGAAAAGUGUUUUCUUGCCUUGGUUAUUUUGCCUAAAUGAAUGGAAAUUAAUUAAAUGUAGAUUAAAAUGACACGUUUUGAAGUUUUCGGGAGAAGCCAUUAGAAAACAAUAAGUCAACUGCAAACUGGUUAUUGUCAUUUUCAAUCAAAAUCGCUAAGAUUUCUUUCACAAAUUGUCGUUGUUGCUUCUAAUUGUCGUUUUUCCAUGAGCUUGAAUGGACAACACUUUUACUUUUCUUUUGUUGUUGGCUAUUUUCUUUUCUAAUGGCUCGUCCUUCAGUUCACUCGUUAUAAACGAAUAAUGCUGGUGUAUAUAUCAGUGUAAAGUUACACGGAGCUGCACGUCAAAGUGAUGUUGAACCCAAUAAUGUUUGCGACGUGAUUAUUUUAUUCAUGUAAAUCACGCAGUGUUUGCCGGAAAAAUUGUAACUGUAAAGAAGCAACGUCAUUAAAAUCUAAGGUUUUUUUUAUGUUUCGAUUCGCGUGCAAGAAUCCAACCAUUGUAAUUCUAGUUUGUUAGGGAGGACAAACAAAAGAAAUGUAAACAAUAUGAUUGCGUAUUCGUUAUUGAAAAAGAAACAAAAAUUGAUUAAAAUUUUCAUAGAGUAAGGAAAACCGUUCUAGUGUGUUCAAUUAUUUCAGUAGUAUUCAGUACAUAACUUUUGAUGCCCGCGGAGUGUUGAUUUUGAUGAGAUCUCCAAGGUAGCAGCGAAGUUCAAAGAAAGACUCAGAUGUUACUGAUCACAUUGCAAGCUCGACACAUAGGCAAAGUGCUCGGCCAUAUGUUGAACAAACAGACCACCUUCGCUUGGAGCAGGAGGCCGCUUUGGAUUUUCAUACGGAAGAUGCAGCGAUAAGACAAUGCUUACCAGUGCCCAAUGCUUACUCUUCUCCGACUCACAUCAGAAGUGGAAAUAGCGAACGAGGAUCUUUACACCUCUGUUGAGUUCAAUUCAUCAUGAGAUGCGCGCUGAAAUCCACGACUUUAAUCGGGUUAAAAUCCGUUCCGCAAGAGAAUAAACACUUUAUAUGCUCUUGCCCGUUCUUAAACUGAUGUCACCCCCAACUGUUAUAUUGUUCACAAUCUAGGAUUUCGCAUACACGAGAAGACACUAUUUAGUCCUAUUUGUAAUUACCAGUAACUACGAAGUAACCUCAACCACGGGGUGUGGGGUUAGGAACACCUCAAAUGUUUGAGGGUAUGGUAUGGUUUUUUUGAUGUUCGAAGUAAAAUUUCUUACAUCCUUGUCAGUUACCUUCCCAUUGACUUUGUCCGGCACUCUUUUUAAGGUACUAGUUGUUCACUUUUCGCUCUCAAUAACUUGUAAUCUACAAGUUAUGUUUCCCUCUUAGUUUUCCCUCUAAGCUUUUAUUUGUAUAUAGUUUAUAAAUAAUAUUGAAAUUGUAAGAUAGCAUAUUGUUAUUUCAUUUUAGCUUUUUUCUCGAAGAUAUUAGCUCUACAGCUACAGUGAAUUUCGAGCUUAAAUAAAGUAUAUGUAUGUAUGUAUGUAUGUAUGUAUGUAUGUAUGUAAUAACAUCUCCCCUUUUUACGAGUGUUUUAUUCAGUUAGUCAGGAGCAGUUCAUUGAAGGAUUGAAUGUCAAAAUUGCACAGAAUGUUGUCAGAGGUCUAUCAGCCUGGAGAAAAAUCUUAUAUGUGACUCGUCUGAUAUUUGCCCAAGUCACGCGUACUAUCGGUCAAAAGUUGAUUUUGAAUUAGUCUGACCAAAGUCUGACCUCAUUCUUGGGUCGUCCUCAAUAUCUCGUUCGUUUUUUGUUGUGAUUUUCAGUUCACUUUUACUGACUGAAUUUUGUAGAUCUACUCUUGGCCAAUUUGAUGGCGGGUUGAAUAUGGCCUUUCCAUGGCAACCGAACUUACAGGGAACAGCUGAUUGAUACUGUAACUUGUUCUUUUUCCUCAGCCAAUCACCUCCAAGAACUGUAAGCAGUACACAUUCUCCUUCUCAUCCGCUACACACUCCUCAGAGAGCCACCUUUACAGUUAGUUCACCGCAGUCAGCAUUCCCAGUCUCCCCACCUUCACCUCUGAUACAGGCCAGCCCGCUCUUUCCCCAUUGUCAUCUCCAUCAUUUGCAAAAUCCCCUUCAGUUGAGAUCCCAAUAAGAAAGCGCACAAGUUCCUCGCAGAGAAAUGCAUCAAGAGGUCAGCCGUCAUCCUCUCCUCUGCCUAUUCCACGUACUGGAAGUGUACCCAGACAUAUAUCCUCUAGAACUUCCCCGUCACCCGCUCACAGCGGAGCUAGUUCAGGCAUGAACCCUAGAGAGCAGAGAGUUGGCACCCCGUCCUCAAAACCGUUAGUAGGUAAGAGCCUAAAUAGUAGCACAAAGGCAUUGAAAAGUGGUAGCAGCCGCAAGCAGCAGAGGCAAGAAGCAUAGGUUAGCCCCGAAGGAUCUUCUAUCCCUGAGAUGACCGUAAGCCUGCACCAGCAAGCUUUUGCAGGAUUUUCUAACACGAAUGCUGAUAACAGAUUGGCACGGGGUGCAGCAGUGGGAUUUUCCGAAGAGCUCUCUCCAAUAUUGAACCUUUGGUCACUCAGCUUCCCAAUAUUGACAGCUCUGGCUCGUCAUUCAAGCUCAGGAAUGGGUGUCCCAGUAACAGACCUCUCCGAACUAGGAGCAGACACCAAGCAGAUCAUACGCGUGGUUAGCUCGCCGGCCAUACUAGCGAUGGGCCUUCCAAGGAAGGGAGGUCUAUUGACAUGACUAGGCUUCCAACUUGGGGCUGCACGGGCAGCUCCCGUAUUUCGUCGCAAUUCAGGUGGUUGAAAUAGUCCACCUGUUUCAUCCUCUCCUACCGGACUUCCUACCAUACCAGGCUCGCCGAGUAAGACAUCCCAUGGUAAGGAGGCUAGAGAUCCCACGAUUGAAGGGUCUUUUUACUGUUGGGUCGUGUUCGCCAAAAACUAGCGAGAACAUGUUUCUACUCGGGAGGAAUUCACCAAACGCGCUUAAUAAUGGACAGAAACCUGCUGUUGUUAGUCAAGGUAAAUAUUACGUAUCAGAGCGCUUAGCUUUUCGAUGGAGUGGCAUAGAACCAAAACCAAAGUAAUUACAACUACCAAUCAGAAGUAAGGAAAUUGAAAAGCAUAUUGAAGCAAAACUAUUGUAAUCUCGAAUCACUUUAAGCACUCAAUUGAAAGUUGCUCCAACAGGUAUACCAUCUAUAUAUAUAUAUACACGAAGACAUUCAGGACGACCCUCAGUAGAAGCCUUCAAAGUUCUAGAUAACCUUUUAAUUUUUUUUAAGGUCAAAAGAGAUUGUUCUUAAGUCAUAAGCUGGGUUUUCUCUGCUAUUGUUUUGCAAUCACAGAUUGCAAAACAGAGCGAAACAACAUUGUUGUUAACUUACAAUUUUAAUUCGUAAAAACCCCAGAUGGAGCACACGGAGGGCGUUAGGAAACUCAAUUUCGUUUUGUCUCUGACGGAUGCCAUUCUUGAGGUGAUCAGUGCCAGGGGAACACCUUUUACAGUGCUGACAGACUCUGUGGCCAUCCGACAAGUACGUAUUUUGAUGUUGUUUUUUGGCUGCCCUUGGUGAUUUGCGUAGUUUAACAGGUUAAAAGUCUCGCAUCCGUCUAUCAAUGUGACGGAUGAAUUGUUCGAUUAUUACAAAAAUUUGAAAUCUUUGUUCUCCUUCGUAACAAAUGUCGUAGCUAAUGAAUAAAUACUCUGCUUUUCUCCCUUUCAGAAAGAAGACCUCCUCGCAGACCAGAUUGGACUGAAAAGUGACGAGUUAAGGUAACAAAUUGGAUUUAAAUGAUAUAACUUAAUUUGAUUAGGUCUUACUAAUGAUCUAUUGGAGGACAGAUGCAAAGAUGACAUCACCAUUACCAACAUUUUGCAUUUUGAUUAUAUAAAACAAAUAGAUUCCAUUUCGCUGUGGGUCUGUAGAGUAAUAGAUCACAGAUGACGUCUAAGUGUGGUAAGAACAUCAAGGACACACUCGGCUGCGCCUCGUGUGCCACGUUUUGUUCUUUCUACUCUUUGAUAUCAUCUGUGAUCUAUUACUGAACUGACCCAUAGUAAGAUGAAAUAUAUUUGUUAAGGGGAGGAUCACUGGAAUCGGAUUUGCAAAUACAGACUUUACCUUGUAGCGAAGUAUUUGGUUUUACUUAGAUGUGACUUAUUAAGGUUCAAACAUUUUGUAGGAAAAUGGAACAGCUGGUACUGCUCGUGAAAGCUCUACGAGCUCUUAAACUGCCUCUUCUCUUCGCACGAGGAGAAAUCAGAGUUGGCCACCUAAAAUCCUCCAACGCCGUUAAGAAUGGUGAGACAGAUAGAUGCUCUGAGGCCUUACCCUUUUCUACAGGUGCUUGUAACAAGCCUCAACGAAGCAUUAAGUUUUUCUAUUAUCUUUGUUUACAAUUUUCAGUUUUAAACGACUUGAACAGUCGAUAUCACCAGUGUUUGGAGACAUGUAUGCGUGAAAUCCUUUCGAGAAUUAAAUCAGCUUUCUGCAACAUAAUUGCUUUGGUUUUGCUACUGUUCACUUUACGAUUGGCUUAAAACUUUGCACCAUUGUCGCUACCAAAGAGUCAGAGCUUAUAUCAAUCGUGGCUUGGUCACGCGCGUUUCCAAGCUUCAGACGAGUUUCGUCCAUUUCAGCUGAAUUCUCGUGGGCCAUUUCAAAAUGUACCUUUGUGGAAUGGGUUGUUGUGAUGAAUUUCAUUUUGUUUCGGGAAACCUCAUUACAAAGGGCGGGGCUCUAGGCUACGUGCGUUCGAGUGAACUCUCCGCUCCUUUUCUGCACCCUUUGUUCUCCUUUUCGCCCACCCCCCCUCCCUAGCCCCUCCCCCCUCCCCUUCCGUCAGUAUUCCCUAGAUACUACUCAAUUCAAACUGUCUUGCUGGUGCUUUGUUUACAAACGCCUGGAGGUGAGCUGUGGCGAGGUUGCUUUUCUAUCCACUGCUUCAUUUGACGCAGAGUAAAAUACAUCUUAUAUCCUUCUCACAGGUCAGCACUGACAGCCUAAUGUACCAUUACGCCAUGGAACAGGUACCUACCUUUAACGUUGAGGCAUGCCAUUCGCUAUUUGCUAGAUCUUGAUCGGCGUCUGUUGAAUAAUGUAUCUUUUGAUCUCGUUUGCGCCGCCUCAACGAAAUAAAUACGGACUCCGAAUCCUGAAUAUCUUUCUUCUUCUCCCUCUCCACUAAUGCCACCCAAAAAGAUAAAGUUACUGUGGUCUUUUCAUCUUGAAUAGGGUGCACUGUAUACCAUGUCACAAAAGUGUUUUGAACUAGGGAGGAGUAGUCUUAAGCAACGCUGGGCGUAAUUUAAUGUCACUUCAGAAGAGUAGCGAAUUGAAAGAUUCUGCUUUGUGAAAGACCACAGAGUGCUCACCAUUCUAUUCCUUCCCAGUAAUUUUUCGGAACACCGCGAGUUAGCCAAUAAAUGUUUUAAAUACAUAGUCAUUACUCGGGUGGCGUAGGCUAUACACAAUGUAAUGCCUUAAAAAUGGUAACACAACCAGUUACAUCAAGCCCUAUAUAAACACACAUUUGUGAACCAGGGUCACUAUUUAACAGCGUGACGAUUGGUUCCUUAACGAAAGCUGUAGAUAAAAUCGCCGUAGAUAAACGGCUGAUGUGUAUUUCCAGGACGAGGACGCGAAAAACCAGUCAAAGUAACACCAGAUAAUCAGCGCAGGGCAGGCAGUGAACUGUAAGGUGCACUGAGGACAUACGUGAGCGUAUGUGAAUGGAGUGGAAUGGACUUUCUGGUAACUGAGGAGAAUAUCGUCGAUAUUUUUUAGUAGUAGGGUAUUCAUUACUCUUUACUUUAUAAUCCUUGAAAGAGAGCAUAGAAUCGCACUAAUCAUUUGAACUUCAGAGUGAGAGAAUUUAACGUUGUUGAAGUUGUAACUCUAAUGUAAAUAAUCUGAUACGGGACGUUUGGUUUUUGUUUAUUUGUUUUUGCUUUAAAUCUUUUAUUUAUUUCUUGGGAAAAAAAAGUACUGCUGCUCUUAUGUGGUGAGCAGAUAGGGUGGCCAAUGUUAUUUAUAGUUUUCAUGACGUUUAGACCUUGUAUUUUGUAUUCGCCAUGGACGAAAUUUCUCCAGCAGAAGUUCAAAAUUGCUAAGGACUUUGUUUCAAACUCACCUUUGAUAUGUUUAAACGAUGCUUAGCGAUUAUCAAAACCUAACAAUAUUUGCUUAGGGUUUUUUAACUAUUUACUUACGCUGUGAUGUGUAUAGAAUAACGAAAAUCUUAGGAAGCACUUACAAAGAUGUUAAAUUAAACAUCGGAUCGUAACUAUUCCUUGUUACUAAGGCAAUAGUUAUCAUUGGUCUUCAGAAAUUCUACAUUUGAAAAGGACCACAUCUCCCCUUGACAUAAUUUUUACCAUGGGUGACAUUGUUACUGCCUUGUACAAAUGCGCUUGGGGAAACAGAAAAGUAUUGUAUGUGAAGUAAGCGAACAUUUAAAAAAAUUGGAACACGGUGAAAACGUUUAUAAAAUUUACGUAGCUAUUUCUAGAGUCGAUAAUUUAACUUAUUAUUCGUCUGGAUGGCGUUUGCUUGAGUUUAAAUUUGUAAGUGAUGAUUCAUUAAGAUUAUUUCGCUACGCAGCAAAAAUUGUUAUGGGAUAAAUUUAUUCGCAAUUUCCAAUAUAUAAAUGCUAUUUGUAAAGUGAAACUUUUGCUCUUAGAUGAAGAGAAUUAUGAAAAGUGUGAUCAUAAAACUCCAAAACAAAACACACACACAAAAAAGAAUAAAAGUAAAAAGAAAGUGUGAAACUGUUCCAGUGUGUUCAGUUAUUUAACCCGUCUUCUGACCUGUGGGUUGUAGGGUUUACUUCAGCAUUUCUCCGGGAUAGCGGCGAUUCAGAUUUUGCUGCUGACAUUGCGAAGUUCGUUUAAAAACUGAGCAAUCAAAGCCGGGGUCCUUAAUGGCCUUAGUUUUGCGAAGGAAAUCUCCUAGCCAUACUUCAAGCGAAAUAUAUUACGAUAAAUAAUCGUAGCCAUUCUGUCAUCACCAAGGGAUUAUUCACAAAUUGUCAGUUGCCUUCGUUGUUAUCUGUCUGUAUGGCCACUUAAGAUUGUUAGUGAAGAUUACAAGAUGCAUUGAUUUUAUUGGCAAAGGGUAAAAGAGUUCUCAAAACUACAUGCAGAAUAUAAUUAUUUAAUACUAAAAAAUAUUCCUUCGACAGACCUAAAAUCAACUAUUAAAUGUUGUACUUUACUGAAUUCAAGUCCAGUUCCCUCACUCGGGUUCCUUUGCGUUCCGUCAAUCGUUCGCUGCAAUGAUGAUAACUUCGUUUCUUAUGGAGAAAGACAUUUUUAGACUUAUCGGCUUCGCUGAUCCUGGCAGAAUGCAGGACACGUGUCACAUAUGAAUUUCUUAAUGGGCCUUACUCACCAAAAAGUCUCUGUGUCUCUGGUAGUCAAAUCAGAGCGUGGUCGUGUCUUUUCUUCGUCAGUGGAAGAUUUUCGUGUCUCCCCGCUGGAAUAUAUUUAUCGUAUAUCUUUCCCUCAUUAUCUAAAAUUCUCUACAAAGUCAAGAUUUUACAAAUAUUUCUCUGCUGUAUAAACCUCUUCGAAGCUCGACACGUAAUUAAAAUGCUCGGCCAUAUCUUAAGAAACUAUCCGCAAUUUAAGCGUACAGUUCUACUCAAUCAAUUUUCCGAGCGCCUUCUUGAGGUCCAAUCUUUCCAUACGCACAGAAAUCCACGUCACAUGUUUAUUUUGAAAACAAAAGAGGUUUUUUGCAAAGUUUAUGAUCUGAAACCUUCGACCAUCUUUCUCUUGUUGCGAAAUUUUUCUUCCCCGUUAGUGUGUUCAAGUUCUUUAUCCACUGAAUUCUUAUACGCAUGCUCCUAUCUUGAUUCACCCUCUCUCUGCAGGCGAUGUCACCCUCAACUUUUUACCCCUCUCACAGUCCAGGAUUUUUCCUACAAAACACACUCCUUAAGGGUUUACUACAAUCAGGUCAUGUUUAUGAGCUCACAUUGGUCAAUUCUUUUUUAGAAGCAUAAAAGAAACAGUAACGUGACUAUAGCGGGUGUUUUUUGAUGGAAAUUGACAUUAAAGAUUUAGUUUUUUACUCAAGUAUAUUGCGUGUCUGAGUUUCGUAAUCCUUUAAUUUGGGGUUGUUACAGGUCAAGCUUUCCUCAGAAAAAACCUGUUUGUCAACAAUUCUUAGAAACCAGACAUCCACAACAUGAAUAACCUGCCUUGAUUGGUCGAUGUCACUGAUGCAAUAAAUAUGAUAAUUGAUAUCAAAAAGUUCUGCUUGAGGCGACUUGAAGUUGAUAUCUCUAUCUUAGACGGUUGUAAUCAAUCAUGGAUAUAAAAACCUUGCUUGACAAUCUUCAUGAAGAAGUAUCCUGUUCUGUGUGUAUGACCACAUUUACUGAACCAAAGAUACUACCAUGUUUGCACAGUUUCUGUCUUAACUGCUUGAACGAGAUUUUACGAACAAGUGGCGGCCAUGAUAUCAUCCCAUGUCCUGAAUGCCGAAGAGAAGUUCAAGUUCCUAGCAGUGGAAACCUCAACGAUCUGCCGACAAACUUUCGUAUCAACAGUUUGCUAGAUGUGCUGGCCAUCAAAGAAUGCCAUACUGCUGGAGUGAAAUGUGCAAACUGCGACAAAAGUAGCAAACACAGUUCGUAUUGUUUUCAGUGCUGUGCGUUCUGGUGUGACGAGUGUAUCAUUGCGCAUAACUUAAUCAAAGCGAAUAAAGAGCAUCGAGUUCUUGCUCUGAAAGAUUUUGAAGAUCAAGACAUCGAAGAUGUAUUAAAGCGGCCGGCAUUUUGCCAACAGAAGCAUCACGAAAAAGAAGACCUCAAGUUCUUUUGUAAGAACUGUGACAUUGCCAUUUGUAAUUUGUGUGUGGCAACCAUCCAUGAUGGUCACGCUAAGAUUGUUCUAGAAGAAGCAGCAAGUGAACGCAAGAUACAAGUCAAGUCUGUGAUCGAGACACAAAAGAAAAAUAUUGAACACAAGAAAAACGUAAUCGCUGAUCUUGAAAGACAGUGUAACCAUAUUGAAGCGCGAGGCAAUGCAGUGAAGCGAGACAUCCACAAGUUUGCUGAAAACAUGAUCGCAGUCAUUGAAACAAAGAAGAAGGAAAUGUUAAACAAAGCUGAUAAACAAAUUAAGGAAUCCCUUGGAUGUGUGCGAACUCAACAAUGUGAGGUCAAGCGUCGAGUCAAACUUCUUGAAACAGCAGUCGAAAAAACUGAAACACUUUUAAAACGAUAUACAAAUGCCGAGAUUGCACAGACAGAUAAGUCACUGAAUAUGCUCUUACCUGAUGAUGUCAGAGAUGUUGGAAAACAAGCCGCAUCUGACCUUGAAGGUCUUCGUCAAUUCCGUUUUAAAGAAAACAAAACAUUACUUGACAGUCCUCACUCUGACGGCAUCGGCUCAUUUCAAAAUUUUUUGACUAACACUUGCGCUCAUCAGUCAACUGCCGAAGGGAAAGGACUCAGUGAAGCGAGAGUUGGACUUGAAUCAAACUUUCUAUUAACCACAAGAAAUGCCGAAGGAGAACAAUGUUACAAUGAGCGUGACUUUGUAACCGUCGAAGUAAAAAAUCAGGAAGGCCAUGACUGUGCGACGGAAGUGCGAUUCAAAGAUGAGAAAGAUGGCAGCUAUAAAGUCAGAUAUUUCCUCAAAGAUACAGGAAAAUGCCAAGUAUCAGUGAAAGUAAAUGAAGAACACAUUCGUGGCAGUCCAUUUCCUGUUAAACCGAAACCCAGACAGUUCAGACACGUGUUAUCUUUUGGACAAAAAGGCUCGUCUAUUGGAAUGCUAAUCAGUCCAUAUGGAGUGGCAGUGAAUGAACAAGAUGAAAUUACAGUGACUGAUAUAGCUAACUACAGGGUUCAGGUAUUCAGUAGUGAUGGAACUUACUUAAGAUCUUUUGGUAGGAUUGGUGAUAAACAGGGAGAGUUAAAUUGGCCUGCUGGGAUAGCAUUUGAUAAAAAUAGUCGCAGUAUAGUAGUAGACUAUAAUAACAACCGAGUUCAAUUGUUUAAUGAGCAGGGUGAGUACCUGAGCCAGUUUGGUGGUGAAGGAAAUCUUGAUCACCAGCUGAAGAGUCCUUCGGGUUUAUCUGUCGACAGGAAUGGAAAUAUCAUCGUUGCCGAUAAGGGCAACAAAGUUAUAAAAACCUUUUCUCCCAGUGGCCAGUUUUUGUAUAAACUUGGUGAAGGUGAAGGUGAAGGUGAGGGUUUUAAUUCUCCUUUUCACUGUAUUCAAUAUGACAAAUAUCUAAUAGUGUCAGAAGGUGGUGAAAAUUGUAUCAAAGUGUUUGAUAUAAAUGGCAACUUUUUGUACAAAUUUGGAAAUAAGGGGAACAGUGACGGGGAGUUUAACUCACCCCGUUUUUUGUCAGUUAACAAGGCAGGACACCUGAUGGUCUGUGACAGAGACAAUGACAGAGUUCAGGUAUUUGAACUGAGUGGUAAGUUUAUAACAAAGUUUGGAAAAAAAGGGAGUGGGCCAGGAAAGUUCAUGUGUCCAACAUCUACAGCAAUUCUUAGCGAUGGUAGGAUAGUUGUAGCUGAUUGUUUGAACAAUCGCAUUCAGAUAUUUGAGUAA